AGGUUUUUAUUUAAAUUUUGCCAGGUGAAAAAAAAGGUUCGCAGCCAUGGAUUGGUUUGUAAAUUUAUUUUUACCAUCUCCUCCUCGUCGUCGUCGUAGUCCAACGCCACCUCCUCCUCCUAAGUGCUUUGAUCAGCCAUGGAGGACUCUGCCAGACAACAAUCAGAGUCUCACCUUUGUGAAAAACUACCAACCUGGGAACAGGGACGUCAGUCGUCUCAGGAUUCUGCUUCAUGGACCAAUCGGUGCCGGCAAGUCCAGUUUCAUCAACUCUGUGGACACUGUCUUACAAGGCAGAGUUACCGGUCGAGCUCCGACAGAUGCAAUCUCUGGGAGAAGCUUCACCACAAAGUACAAGACGUACAAGUUCAAGAAAGCUUCGGGUGGCUUUUAUUCUGUCGUUUUCAAUGACAUCAUGGGAUUCGAGAAAGCCACCAACACUGGAGUUGAUGUGGAAGAGGUCAAACUGGCCCUGAAAGGACAUGUUGCAGAAAAUCACGAGUUCAAUGCCCAACGGCGGUUGAUGGCGGGUGAUAGCGGUUACAGGUCAUCUCCCACUCUGGCUGACAAAGUUCAAGUCCUGGUUUGUGUCAUUCCUGCCGACCAAAUAAAUAUAGUAGCUAAAGAAGUUGUGGAGAAGCUAAGAGAUGUCAGACUCGCAGCCAGUGACAUGGGAAUUCCCCAACUGGUUAUUAUCACCAAAGUGGAUGAAGCCUGUCCUGAGGCGAAAAGAAAUCUGAAGAAUGUCUACAAGAGCAUUUACCUGAAGGAACUGGUCGACAAAUGCCACCUCUUAUUGGGGAUUCCAGUGAACUGCAUCUUUCUUGUGAAGAACUACUGUUCAGAAGUCGAGCCCAACGAUGUGACUGAUGCUCUGAUACUGAGCGCACUGAAGCAGAUGGUUAACUUUGGUGACGACUACGUCAGCUACCUCGAGUAGACCUGCUGCUGCUGAGGCAAACACAUUCUCAUGAAUGGGUUUGUAUGAUUCCCCACAAAAAGUAGCGCACUGAAAUUUGUAUCAUACAUUAAGUUUACAUUAAGCUUAGGUGCCAACAGCAGAGUUAAUGUGAGGAAAAAAGAACAGGGUUAGGGUUAUAAAAGCUACUUCUGUACACAACUUCCAACGGGACACGAACACCAGCCUCCAGGUCUGCAGGUCUCCUGUUGUUCUGGCCUCAGGCAUUAAAAACAUUUUUUGCUGACUGGGCUGCUGGUGUUUGUGAGAUCCAUCCACCACAGCUUCCACCCGCCCUACAGGCGCCUACAUGGCUAUAAUUCUACCCCACCAGAGAAAAUCUAUGCAAUUUGUAGAAAAGCUACACAUUCCAGGGCAUUACUUUUGGUAGGAAAUCAUACAAACCCUUCAUGAGAGCAUUCUGCUGAGACAAACCUUGAAUGAUUAAGACAUGAAAUAAAAUAACUUCAGUGUUAUCUGCAUGUUUUUUUCCCAUUUCGCUUUGAGUGUUAACUGUAUUGUAAGGCCUGCAAGACAUUUUUUAUAAGUUUGAAUUCAAAAGGCAGACUUUCAAAUUUGUCCUGUAGAAGAUAGUCGACAUCAUUCAUGAUGGCCACUGGUAUUGUCUUCUUAAUAAAGAAAGAAAAGGGUCAUGCUUGCAAGCUAUAAGGAAAUUAUGACAGUUCUUGGAUUUUUUAAAAAACAAAAUAGCCACAAUUGGCAAAAAUGUCCUCAUGCAUGUUUUUAGCUGUUUUUCAUUUUUUAUUUUACUAAUACUCUGUUGCAGUUAUAUUGUUUGAUUCCACAUUUGUUUGCACUGCCAAGUUGGUUCACACUACACUACCACCUGAGUUCUUUAUUGUUGUCACAAUGUAUCUUUACUGUAAUGAAUAAAGUAUGAAUAAGCUUUACAAAACCUGAUGCUGGAUCUUUUCCUUUGCUGAAACAUGAAUUCUAAUGAUAUAUGUGACGAGGCAUCAAACUGUGGAGUGAUAUUUAGCAAUCAAUGUUACAUUCAUAAUUCAGGGACAUUCACCAACAAACAUAUCAUUUAAAAAAUAAAAGCAGAUUUCAUCUGCUGAUUGUCUGAUCGUCUUAUAUUGCUUUAAUUUGAAGUGAAGAGUGACAACACAAUAAAAGACUUUGAUUUAUGACAUUUCAUUACACUA